AUGGAUUUCGAUGACGAGUCAUCUGAUGAUCAAAAUGAUAAUCUAGAUGAAUUAGAAGAAAUAGUAAAACAUGCAGCAACAAAACCACAACAAACUACUCGUGAAAGUCGUAUUUUCGAAAGUGCAAAAUCUAUUUUGCAGAAUAUUUGCGGUGUUAUUUCUACAACAUUACUUUCAAAAAUAGAAAUUCAAACUGCUGAACGUCUCGUCGAUGAUUAUUUUCUUGUCGCCCUCGAUGACUUAUUUCAAGAUGUUGAUGAUAUUGAUCGAGACGGAUAUGUUAAACUUAUACCGGACGAAAUGGAUUUAUUAUUCUGUGGUCGACUUGCUGAAUACGGUGUUACAUGGGAUACAUAUUCAAAAAGUAUCACACUCCCUGAUAUAUGGAAAAAUCGUUUAUCUUCCAAUGGUAUGGAAUAUUUAAGCACCAUGGCCGUUUAUCGACCAUUUCUGAAUUUACCAACAAUUCAAUUACCAAAUAAUGUACAAAAUAUUGAUCAUGAUUAUUGCAAAGCAGCAAAACGUCUUCUAUCAACUGCAAAGGAUAGUUUCUUGAACGAUGAAUCACUGAAUCUCGAUCAACAUGCGGAUCAAAUGAAUUCUGGAAAAAUAUACACAUCGACUCCUAAAAGAUCAAAUGAUUAUGCAGAAACAUUUAUCGAUUGGAAUAAGUUACGAGAAAAAAUCAUUGGUUUAAGCAAUUCGGAUGCGGCUUCGUGUUAUAUCAAUGCAGCUCUUCAAUGUUUAGCUAGUACACCACCGCUACUUGAUUGGAUGAUCAAGCAAAAAGAUACCUUAACUAUAUGUGAAUUGUCAAGUCAAGGAAUGUUUUGCUCUAUCUGUCAACUGGCAAAUGCCAUAAGAACUAUUUCUCCAGCUUCAAAAGAUAGUGUCUUCAAUAAACAUCAACUUGCUGGUGCUGCAUCUGCUGCGUGUAUCAGAAAUAAUUUAAGCGAACGUUCACCGACGUUCAUAAUUAAUGAGCAAGAAGAUGCUAAUCUCUUUAUUACUAAUUUACUAGCUCAUUGUGCUAGCUGCUUUGUUCCUCAUAUGUCAAUGUUAUCAAUUCAACCACCAUCAACGAUUAUUGAUCAAAUAUUUCGUAUUAUACUUUCGAAUAUCAUUGAAUGUUCAUCUUGCUUUAAUGUUAGUACAAAAGAAGAAUUCGUUUAUACCUUAUCGAUCGAAAUUAAUAAUAUGAUUCAUUUAUCAGAUGCACUAUUACAUUUCGUUAAACCGGAAAUAUUAUCUGAUGAUAAUGCGUAUCAUUGUUGUAAUUGUAAAAGAUUGGUUCGAGCUACUAAACGUCUCACCAUUCGUGAUUCACCACCAAUCUUAAUCAUUAACUUGAAAAGAAGCACUAGUUUCGGUUCUUCAACAAGCAAACAUACACAACAAGUAAAUUACGAUGAUCUACUGAACAUCCAUCCAUAUAUGAAUGAUAAAUUAGUCGAUUCAAACAAAGAGAAUGAAAACAAUGGUCAAUCAAACAAUUAUGUUUAUCGAUUGUAUGCUAUUAUUAAUCAUAUUAAUAAUUGUCUUAUUACAACUCCUUCAGUUUCAUGUUCCUCGAUUACGACAAGUGUACCAGUUACAAAUAUAUAUUCGAUCAAUUCUCCAGAUAAACGAGCUACAACUACUAAAUAUCGAUUAAAUACCAGCUCAACAUCAGAAACUUUUGAUACGAAUUUCAACGAACAAUUGAAUGUUAUUCCACAUAAAGAAAUACCAUCUGGAUUUACUCAAAGCAGCAUAACAAUUACUCCUAAAAAUCCAAAGAAAAUGUCGCAACAACAAACAUCAAAUGCAACGCAUGUAGCUGCUAAACGUUCAAUAUAUGAUUCUACAUCAUCUUUGCAAGAAAAUUCGGUUCCAUCUAAGCGAGUUCAUCAAUCAAAUACUGACACAUCUGAUAUCAUAAAUUCGCAAAAAGAUAUCAGCCGUGUUGUAGCUUCUGUGGCAUCAGGUGUAUCAUUAGAAGAAGUAUUUGAAUGUAGACUUCCUCAACAACAUCAAUUCAAGUUGAACUCAACUCAACUUCUCAAUAUGUUGAAUUGUCGAACAGAAGUAUUGCAAAAAGAGCAUGACAAGAGAAUGAAACAAUUAGGAUUAACAUCUGAACCAUUUGCAUUUGAAAGACAAUCGAGUGAUAAAUCAAAAUCAAUUUCGAUCGAUAAUGACAAAAAUGUGUGUUCAAUGGACAUUGAUGACAAUGAUGAACUACCAACAAGAACAGUUAAUAUUGAAUACUUUAAUAUACUUCAUCCUCAUUUGAAACAUUAUAAUUCAUAUUGUGGCUUAUGUAUUUGCACACGUUAUUUUGGACAUACUAUUUAUCAGCCAACUGGUCUUCUUCUACGAGUAGUUCUUCAAUGUGGUGGUAGAGAUUGCCCAUUUAACUGUGAAGUAACUGUUUGGAAUAAUGGUCAAUGCUUUAUUACUGCAUAUAAUAGCACAGUUUAUCAUCAUGUAGAUGAACAAAUAUGCCGUCCAAUUCGUGGUUCACGUCGUGAAGAAAUAAAACAAAAAUUUAAAGCUGGUGGAUCGGUUCAUCAUGUUUAUGGUCAAUAUAAUGACAAACGAACAGCACUUGAAAAGAAAGGUUUCAACCAUGAUACCACUGGAAAAACAAAAAAGGUUUUUAAAAAGAUUAAAGCUGAAACAGUUUCUGACUCAUUACUUGCACCUGAUGUUACAUCAAGUAUUUUGAAGUUACAUGACGAAUUAAUUAAAAGAAUUAAUUGCGCUGGUGUAGUUCCUGGUGCUCUUCAAAUUGUACAAUCAAGACCAUUUUGUACUAUUGUUUUUACCGAAGCAUCCAUUCGAUUAUACGACGCGAUUAUCGCGCAUAAGGACUCUGUUCUUUCGUGGGAUGCAACGGGCGGAGUUGUCAAAAAUUUUGGAUCAAAACAAGUUUUAUAUUAUGAAUUGACAUUAUCCCAUCCAAAUAUUGUAAAUGAGGACUCGUUAAUUCCUUUGACAUGCAUGCUGUCUGAAUCUCAAUCAUUGUUCACUGUCACCCAGUGGCUAUCUGCAUUUAAAAAUAACCAUAGAAAAAUUUUUCCACAUAAACGAGACUGUUUUCCAAGACCUGCAGUAGUUUUAUCUGAUCGUGCACAGAUCUUUUUACAAGCAGCUCUUCGUGUCUUCAAUGAUGAAAACUAUCAACAAUUUCUUUCAAGGGCUUAUCGUAUUGUUUCGAAGAAAGCUGUUCCAAAUGAUUUCACGAAAACAAAUAUUCAUGCAUGCUUGUCACAUUUUAUGUUGGACAUGCGAAAACGAAUUAACAAACAUUUACCAGAAGAAAUACGUGAAUUUGCGAUGUGGUCAAUGGCAGUUUUGGUAAACAGUAGCACCUAUGAUGAAAUCAAAGAAAACUGGCGUCUCAUUUGUCAAGUUUUUCUUAAUUAUACGACCAACAGCAACUUACAUUUCAAAAAAUACUAUUCUAUGCUUUUAUCUCGUAUUAUGAAAAUAACAAGUGAUCCAAAUGCAUCAAAAGCCAUCAGUCAAUCAAAAGAUUUAGUUAAAAAUACCAAUGAUCCAUAUGAAUUUGAUGAUGACGAAUCAUUUCAUGAUUUUGAUAAUUCUGGUGAUGCUGGGCAUGAACAUAAUGAAUUCCACUUGAAUGCACAUACUGGAAAAAAUAAAAAGAAAAAACAAUCCGGCACUUCACAUAUAGAAUCUUGA